GUACUUUCAAAUGGUAUGAAAUCAAAAUAAUUUUUAUUUAGUUCAUUUACAUAAAAAUAAUUUUUAUAACCUUUGUUUAGUAUUAAAUUUUAAGCAUGGAUGUCGAAUUUCAUCUAAGUGGCAUCAAUUGGAUUGGAAAAAUGGGAAUAUUAGAAGAAAAAUUGUUCUUAAAAUCUAAAAAAAAUUGUUUACAAUUCCCUUUUAAAUUUAAAUAAUGAAAUACAUGGGUGCAUAUGUAUCCAAAGAAUUUAAAAUACCUUUUCAUUUAUUGUAUCUAAAAUUACUAUUGUGGAAAAGGAUGAAAAGAAAUAAAUCUUUUUAUACUAUUCUUGUAUUUUAAUUUUAAAAAAUAUUGUUGAAAAUACUAUUUAUUUGAAAUGGUUCUGUAUGUACCGACAUUCAUUCCUGCAGUUAGAAAGCUUCAUUACCUUCACCCUUUAAGAUGAUAACAUUAAAACUUUCUCACUGACCUGUAUUAUAAAGAAAAAGCCAAUUAUUCUGAUUCUUCUUGAAUUUUAAUUAUAACAGCCAAGUGGCCAAAUCAACUCUGAUUUUGAUUAAAUAAUAAACUAAACUCAGUGGUACGAUAGCACAAUGUGGGAAAAGGCCUAUAGUACCCAUAACUGCUUUCUUGACCGAGGGCCCUGGGGUGCAAGGCAUAUGUCACGUUUAGGUGGUCAGCCUAAUGCGGAACCCUCAUUGUUUAGUUCCCAGCCAUGCUAUAUUCUCAGUUUAUUGAACCACUGAAGGGAUGAAUGAUUAAAUAAUAGAUUACUCAAAUUUGAUUAUUAAGUAGAAUUUUAUAUCUAAAAUGUUCUUAAGAUUUCAAAAAUUUUAAUAUAUAUCAGAAAUUUUAUUGUCUUGUAAAGCCUAUUUCUAAGAAUUUAUUCAUAUGAGAAAAAUAUCACUUGGGAUGUAUUAUUUAUUUACCCCUAGUCAUUAUUAGUAAUUAUGCAAUUGGAUAUGGGGAUAUACUUUACUCAUUAUAUUUUGUCUCGUAACCGCCUCAGUCCUGAUUUUUUUAAAAACUGAAUAAAAAAUUUGAUUUUAAGAUAUUUUGUCUUUAAUAAGUCACAAUAGAUCGUGGAAAAAAGGAUUUCUUGAUCAAACAAUUUUAAAAUACAUAUAUGUGUACCUCUGGUCUUAAGCAAGUUAAAGUACCUUUGACAAAAAAAAUUCUUUUAUUUUCCUGAUUAUCUAAUAGUUGCAUUUUUUUUCUCUCUUUUCUAUUCUAAAACCUUAUUAAAUGAAAAAAUACAAAAUUUAUUAUAUAAAUAAUUUUUUAAAUCUUAUUUUGAAUAUUUUUAAAAACUUUGUUUUUUAAUAUACAUAAGUAGGUAUUGCAUUUUAAGCCCUUGAUUCUAUUCCUAGAUUUACAACCUCAAUACCCACAUUUUGAUGCAUAUUUAUCAUUUAUGUAUUGUGGUAAAUAGCUUGACUUAUCAAAUCUUUUUAAUUGAGUAGGGAAAAACUUGUCUUACUCUAGAAGCAUUUUUGCCAGAUGGUGGUGAUGAAAUCUCCGAUGUUUUUUUUAGUUACAUUUUCAUUAAUUGAUGACCAUUUUUUCUUUAAUUUGUUUUAUCUGAAGAUGUUUUUUUGUUAUUAAUCUUCCUUUCUUGCUGAUGGAAGGAAUUCUCUCGUAUUUCAACAUGGACCCACUUAUAUACAAUCAGAAUUGCAAUAAGGGUAUAACAUUUCUUGACUUCAUUUCUGAUAGCUCUGCUUGUCACGUUUCUACCAUUUUAUAAUAUAUCCAGUAAUUGACAAUUAUUAAAUCUACAAAAUAUGUUAACUCCAGCACUGGCCGCUUUUUUGUUCUUAUUGCACAUGGGUAAUAUUCCAAUUAACUGUAAUAUGCCUCCUAAGGGUAAAAUGCCUUUCAUAUGCAUGUCAUAUGUUUUUACAAUAGCAGCAUAUGUUACAUCAACUUUCUGUUUCAAUUCUUUUUGAUCAUCUUAUGCAAGUUCCAAUUGGCUCAUUACCUAUACAUGUGAAUAAUAAAGUCACAGAUUUGUUAUCUUUCCAUUUGACAAGGCACAUUUUAUUAUUGUCUGUGACUCAUUCAUCCCAUUCUCCUAUUUUCAUUAAUUUGUCAGGUUUCAUUUCUUAGAUGUAUAAAAAAUUCUAUUGUUUUAACUAAAAUCAUUUUAUUCUAAAAGUUCAGUUACCACCUUUUAAGUUAAAACCCCUAGACGCAAAAUUUUAUUAUUAGCUUAUAAAAUUCCGUACAUUCUAUAAAUGACGGGGAAUAGAAAUAUCAGUUACUGAUACAAGAUAGCUAUAAAAUUCAUUUUCUUACUAAAGUUAAAAAAUAAAUAUUUUUAAAUUUAUAUUCUACUGCAGAAAAUAAGAAUUAUUCAUUAUAAAAAUGAUAUACAAUGUAUUCAAGAACAAGCAAUGAUAGUUUGAAAACAAGCAAUCAAAAAAUAAAAAUCACAAUGGAACACAAGCAGUCAGGAAAUGAACGCGUAAACGCCAGAGGUAAACAUACACUUAAGUGUACCUUAGUUAAAUUUAUAUUUUCACCGAAUCUAUUCUGAGUAAAUUGAUAUACUUUUUAAGUAAUUUUAACCAGACACUAAGGAUUUUAUUAAAAAAUAUACAAGAGGUUAUUUUAAUAAUAAAUGGUAAAAAAAGUGUGCUUUAAUUUGCUGUGUUUUCUGUUUGGCAUCAUUUUUGUUUUAUCUCUAAUCAUAAGUCAUGGAUAGGAAAAAAAUACCUAAUCUUAGUGCAAUCUGUUAAUAAAAAAUACAAGUUAUAUUCAUAAAUGUUGCAAUGCAUGCAUUUUUUGUUAUAAUUUUACUUUAGGGGACAAGGAAAAUGAAAAAAAGAAGAAAAAAAAACUACAGGUGCAGAAAAAGUUCUCUUUUGGAACUCGCAUUGGUAUGUUUGCUGAUGACAUUGCGCUUUGGAGCUCUGGAUUCGAUAUAAACCUUCUAGAGAUCAAACUCAAUGAGUCUUUGAAGGCCUUGUCCAAGUUUGCUGCAGAACUUAAGCUCAAAUUUAAUCCUGCCAAAUCAAUUACCACCUUUUUUACAACCAAUAAACACUUAUACAACUACAAACCAAAAUUGAUGCUUGAAAAUCAAGAACUUGCAUAUGAAAAACACCCAAAGUAUUUAGGAUUUGUUUUGGAUUCUGAACUUGCAAGUAAUAAGCACAUUGAUUACAUAGUCUCAAAAGCAAGAAAACGAUUAAACAUCCUUAAAUAUAUUGCAGGUAGAGAUUAGGGAGCUGACGCGACUACCCUUAGAACUACCUAUCUAGCUAUCAUCAAACCUUUACUUGAAUAUGGAUUCCCAGUUUAUUGCUGUGCCUCCGUUUCCAACUUGAAGAAACUUGAACAGGUUCAGCUGAGUGCAGCUCGUAUAAUAACUGGUCUGAAACGAAGUUGCCCCACAGACAUUGUCCUUUAUGAAGCCGACCUUAAACCUCUCCAUGUUAGAAGGCAUGCUAACCUUAUCAAAUAUUUCAACAAACUUUCCAGUUAUGGCAUUCAAAACAACACUUCAAAAUACCUAAGAAAUUGGACUAACCUCCAGAGACUCAAGAAAAAUAGUCCCUUUAGUCAAGUCUUGUCUCAGAAUAUAAUUCCUAAAAAUGUAGAGCCACAUUCUCUUCACUCCUGUAUGAAUCCUACUGAAGAACUUACCAGGGUUCACUUUCAUUUCAACCUCCCUGUUCCCAUUAAUAAAAAGGAAAAUGCGUCAGAAUACCUCAGACAAUUGGCCUUGGAAGUCAUUAAUAAAAUCCCUAAAUGUGACAUUAAAUUGUAUACUGACGGCAGCAAAAUCGACAAUUCUGCAGGUAGUGGCAUCUAUAUUGUAACUCCUCAGUCUAGUUUUUCUCUAUGUCAGCGAAAUCCAGACUUCUGUUCCGUUUUUAGAAGCGAACUUUUAGCAAUCGAUGAGGGACUUAAGAAAAUUUUACACGAAAAUAAUUAUAAGAACCUUUGGAUUCUUACUGAUAGCCGCAGCUCAAUUGAACACCUUAACAAUUGGACCUAUGUUGGAGAUAAAGCAAGUUUGUCUAUUCUUCAGAAGUUGAAGCUGAUUUCACUUCAACAUGAUAUUCAUUUCCAGUGGAUCCCAUCUCAUGUGGAUCUACUUGGUAACGAAAUAGCAGACAGGCUUGCAAAGAAAGGAAGCAGCCUAGCUACUUCCUCUUCUGCUGAGCUCACACACUUAGAACUAUUCUCUCAGGCGAAAUUCCUAAAUAAGAAGAAUUGGAUGGUUCCCCCUACUCAUGAUUGGUAUAGAGCCAAUAAGCUGGGGCAGUCCUUAAAUCUUCCUUGUGAUAGAAAAACCAACACUUGCCUGUCGCGCCUUGCCAGUGGCCACCUUAAAUGUCUUUUCUUUUCUCAGGGUGAAAAGUUUUACCCUCUUUCCCCGAAAUGCUGCCAGCAUCAGGCCUCUGCUGAACAUAUUGUGGACUGUCUAGGAUUUCAUUGGGGAGAAAUUUAUUCUUCUCCCUUCCUCGUUUUUGACUUUCUUCUUGUCAACGGAUUUUUGGAUUUGGUCUGACUACGUCAGACCAUGGAGAUUAGCAACAACAACAUAUAUCUGUGUUACUUCUUAUGACUGGCACUUAUGAAAUAUAUGCCUUUGGAUAGCUGUGCCACUGAUUAAGAAUAUGAAGUUCAUAUUAAUGUAUAAAAAGAGUAAUUUAAUAGUCUUUUGUUGUGUUGAUACAAUCAAAAAAAAUUUUUUUUUAAUUUAAAUUCCUGAUUUUACUCAGAAUUCAAAUAUUUUUAAAAAUCAGUUUGAAUUAUGUGCCUACUAGAUAUUCUUAUAUUCAUGGGGUGGCAAAACUAUUUUCAUUCCUAUUCUGCUGCUAGUUUGCUUAUUAAAUAUUUAUUUAGAUUUGAUGUUUUACAUUUAUAUAAACAGUAAUUUUGUAUUUGAUU